CAAUUGGGCUUCAAUUUCAUUUGAAAAACUAUCCCGACUCCGGGGCGCUAAGCGUAAGCCCAAAGACUAGAGCUUUCAAACGGAUCGAAAUUGGGUAAUGUGACUGAAACUCUCAAAUUCAUGAUUAUUAUCAGAUAACACUUCUCAGUUUCCCCAUAAACCUUCAUCUUCAAGACCUGUCAUCCUAGCGGCAAAGUAGUGUAUACUAUUUACUUAGGAGUAGAGAGGGUGGACGAUGGCAUGCUUGGUUAUGCCCUACAAGGUUUCAGCUUUGUCUAAGACGUGUCUCUUCGGUUUGAUCUCCUCUGCUCCUUUCCAGGUUUGUCGUUUUAGUCAAGUUGGGCUCUCAGCGAGGAAUAUCAGUAGACAUAGACAAUUCUUCGCUCCUAAGGUUACAGAUUGGAGGAAGUGUCGCUUUCCCUACUUGUCAUUUCCAAAGCAAAGGACAUCCAAUCAGAGAUUGAUCUGUUCUAUUGCAACUGAGUCAGUAACUAAGAAAGGUGAAGAAGAAUCUAAGAUGGUGGGACCAAAAGAAAUCUUUCUCAAGGAUUACAAGCAGCCUGACUAUUUCUUUGAUGCGGUGGAUUUGAAAUUUUCUCUGGGUGAGGAUAAAACAAUUGUCUCUUCUAAAAUUGCUGUCUUCCCCAGAGUUGAAGGUGGCAGUUCAUCCCCCCUUGUUUUGAAUGGCCAUGAUCUGAAGCUGCUUUCCAUACUUGUUAAUGGAAAUGUGUUGAAGGAGGAAGAAUUUCACUUGGACUCGAGGCACUUGACUAUUGCUUCACCGCCAAAUGGAAAGUUCACUUUGGAAAUUGUUACAGAAAUAUAUCCACAUAAAAAUACAUCCUUGGAGGGGCUUUACAAGUCAUCCGGCAACUUCUGUACACAAUGUGAAGCUGAAGGUUUCCGUAAAAUUACAUUCUAUCAGGACCGUCCCGAUAUUAUGGCAAAAUACACAUGUCGCAUUGAAGCAGAAAAAUCCUUGUACCCUGUGUUAUUGUCUAAUGGAAACCUUGUUGAGCAAGGAGAUUUGGAGGGAGGACACCAUUACGCCAUUUGGGAGGAUCCUUUCAAGAAACCAAGUUAUCUGUUUGCAUUGGUUGCUGGACAAUUGGUUAGUAGAGAUGACACAUUUACCACUCGUUCUGGCAGAAAUGUCUCCCUUCGAAUUUGGACGCCUGCACAGGAUUUGCCAAAGACAGCGCAUGCAAUGUAUUCACUUAAAGCAGCUAUGAAAUGGGAUGAAGAUGUCUUUGGUCUUGAGUAUGAUUUGGAUCUUUUUAAUAUUGUUGCCGUACCAGAUUUUAACAUGGGAGCAAUGGAAAACAAAAGUUUGAAUAUUUUCAAUUCCAAGCUUGUCUUGGCUUCUCCUGAAACUGCAACUGAUGGAGAUUAUGCUGCAAUUCUAGGGGUGAUUGGACACGAGUAUUUCCACAAUUGGACUGGGAACAGAGUGACAUGUCGUGACUGGUUCCAGCUUAGUUUGAAGGAAGGUCUAACAGUCUUCCGUGAUCAGGAAUUUUCAUCUGAUAUGGGAAGCCGUACAGUGAAGAGGAUUGCUGAUGUUUCAAAGCUUAGAAUGUAUCAAUAUCCUCAGGAUGCUGGUCCCAUGGCCCAUCCAGUUCGGCCUCACUCCUACAUUAAGAUGGAUAACUUCUACACUGUAACGGUAUUGUUAUCUUAGUACUUUUGCUUGUAUAGUUAAUACUUUGCAUUUUCCUUUAUUUGCCUGAGUUGACUAAUUUACUGAUGUUUUCUGUUUUUUCCCCAUUUUUAUAGGUGUAUGAAAAGGGAGCUGAAGUUGUUCGAAUGUACAAAACCUUGCUGGGAAGUGAAGGAUUUAGAAAGGGGAUGGAUUUAUAUUUUAAGAGGCAUGAUGGGCAAGCUGUAACUUGUGAAGACUUUUUUGCUGCAAUGCGGGAUGCAAAUAAUGCAGACUUUGCUAAUUUUUUGUUAUGGUACUCUCAAGCUGGAACCCCUCUUGUCAAGGUUACAUCUACUUAUGAUGCUGAUGCUCAUACUUUUUCUCUUAAGUUCAGUCAAGAUAUCCCUCCCACACCAGGGCAAUCUGUAAAAGAGCCAAUGUUUAUUCCAAUUGCGGUCGGCCUUUUAGACUCAAGAGGCAAGGAAAUUCCUUUGUCAUCUGUAAACUAUGGUGGGAAAUUGGAAAGUUUUGGCGGUGGCAAGCCAGUCCACACUACAGUUCUUAGGCUAACAAAGAAAGAAGAGGAAUUUGUGUUCAAUGGCAUACCAGAGAGGCCAACACCGUCUAUAUUAAGGGGGUUUAGUGCUCCCAUUCGACUUGAGUCUGUUCUUACCAAUGCAGAUCUAUUUUUUCUUCUUGCUCAUGAUUCUGAUGAGUUCAACAGAUGGGAAGCCGGACAGGUGUUGGCAAGGAAGCUGAUGCUCAACCUUGUAGCUGAUUUCCAGCAAAACAAACAUUUGGUUCUUAACCCACAAUUUGUACAGGGAAUAAAAAGCAUCCUUAAUGAUUCUAGUUUGGAUAAGGAGUUCAUUGCAAAGGCAAUAACUUUGCCUGGGGAAGGAGAGAUAAUGGACAUGAUGAGUGUUGCUGACCCUGAUGCCGUUCAUGCUGUUAGAACCUUUGUCAGGAAGCGACUUGCUGCCGAAUUAAAAGAAGACCUUCUCAGAACGGUAAAAGAAAAUAGGAGCUCUGAACAAUAUGAAUUUAAUCAUCACAAUAUGGCGAGGCGUUCUCUAAAAAAUAUCUCUCUUGCAUAUCUCGGAUCACUUGAAGACCCAGAAAUUGUCGACAUUUUAUUGGACGAAUAUAGAACUGCAACAAAUAUGACAGAGCAAUUUUCUGCUCUGAUAGCUAUCGACCAGCAACAUGGUCAAACUCGGGAUGAAAUUCUAGCAGAUUUCUUUGGCAAGUGGCAGCACGACUUCUUGGUUGUAAACAAAUGGUUUAGCCUCCAAGGUGCAUCAACCGUACCAGGAAAUGUUGAAAAUAUCAAAAAACUUUUGAACCACCCAGCCUUUGACCUGCGAAAUCCAAACAAGGUGUAUUCAUUGAUUGGUGGGUUUUGUGGGUGUCCUAAUAACUUCCAUGCGAAGGAUGGAUCAGGGUACAAGUUCUUAGGAGAACUUGUGGUGCAGCUCGACAAACUGAAUCCCCAGGUGGCUUCCCGGAUGGUGUCGGCCUUCUCUAGGUGGAAACGUUAUGAUGAAACCAGACAAGCUCUUGCCAAGGCGCAGUUGGAGAUGAUCCUGUCGACCGAGGGGCUCUCAGAGAAUGUUUUUGAAAUUGCAUCAAAGAGCUUGGCUGCCUGAUCUGGUUAUAUUAUCUGAACCAAAUUUGAACUUUUAAUGAAACAUAGGUAGUAAAAUGACCAAGUAUUUCACUUAUUAUGUUUUUUUUAAAAUUUCCAUAGAUGUUUUUAGUAUUUUCCCAUUAGGAGUCUAUUUCAGAGUUUGGUACACUGGAAGGACUGUCCAAGUUAACAAUUGUUUACUCCACAGAUAUGAAAAAAUAAUUCCCCCCUCAUUUUCUUUAGGGGUCGGUCAUCUAUUAUUUUAUACUCCGUAUUAUAGUUACCGUUCCAUGACUAUUUUGAUGGCAUUAAUGCUCAUUAAUUUGACGUUGGAGACAAUAACUCUUCAUUUUGCUA